AUGUCUAAUGAAUGUUGGAAUGUAAAAUCAGAUGGUGAUUUUGAUUCACCAACUAAUAUAUUAAAAAAAAUUAGUUAUGAUGAAUUUUAUUUUUGUUCUAAUGAAAUAUUAAUAAAUGAGGUUGAUGAAGAUGGUCUUAAAAUUGAGGAAUUAUUUAAAGGAAAACAAGGAAUUACUUUUAAUGAUUUUAUUAUACUUCCUCGUUAUAUUCAUUUUAGUUUAGAUAAUAUUAAAUUAAAUACAAGAUUUACUAAAAAUAUUAUACUUAAUAAUCCUUUUGUCUCAUCACCUAUGGAUACAGUCACUGAACAUAAAGUUGCUAUAGCUAUGGCAUUGAAUGGUGGUAUUGGAAUUAUUCAUAAUAAUUUUCUUGAUAUUUCACAACAAAUAGAAGAGAUAAAAUAUACUAAGAAUUAUAAACAUGGUUUAAUUUGUCAACCAAUUACUGUUCAUCCAGAUGCAACAAUUGAUUAUGUAAAACAUUUACAAACUCAAUAUAGUAUAAGUGGAAUUCCAGUUACAAAAAAUGGUAAAUUAAAUGAAAAUCUUCUUGGUAUAAUUACUUCUCGUGAUAUAUCAUUUAUUGAAGAAUGUAAUUAUAAUAAAAUUAAAGUAUCUGAUGUUAUGACAAAAAUGGAUAAAUUAAUUGUUGUUAAUGAUAAUACAACAGCUGAUGAAACAUAUAAACUUCUUACAAAACAUAAGUUAAAUUAUAUACCAGUAUUAAAUGAUAAAAAUAAUCUUUGUGGUCUUUUUGUUAAGUCCAAAAUGUUAAAAAAAGAUUUUCCUAUGGCUGUCUAUGAUAAACAUGGAAAAUUAUUAGUUGGUGCUGCUAUAAAUACUAGAGAAGGAAAAAUGGAAUAUAUUGAUAAAUUAGUUAAUGCUGGUGUAGAUGUUAUUGUUAUUGAUUCAUCGAAUGGUGCUUCUAUUUAUCAAAUAAAUUUGUUAAAAGAAAUUAAAAAAAAAUAUCCAAGUUAUCCUGAUAUUAUUGCUGGUAAUGUUGUUACAGUUAAACAAGCAAAAUAUCUUAUUGAUGCUGGUGCUGAUUGUAUUCGUAUUGGUAUGGGUUCUGGUUCAAUAUGUAUUACACAGGAAGUAUGUGCUGUUGGUCGCCCACAAGCAUCUGCCAUUUAUCAUGUUAGUAGAUAUUGUAGAUCAAGAGAAAUUCCAACAAUUGCUGAUGGUGGAAUAAAUAAUACUGGAAAUAUUAUUAAAGCUUUAACAUUAGGGGCUAAUACAGUAAUGAUGGGUAGUUUAAUUGCUGGGACAUCUGAAGCACCGGGUAAAACAAUUAUUGGUCCAAAUGGAGAACGUUUAAAAAAAUAUAGAGGUAUGGGAUCUAUUGAUGCAAUGAAAGUAAAUGAUUAUUCUUCUGAAAGAUAUUUAUCAACUACAAAUGAAAAAAUAAAAGUCGCACAGGGUGUUUCCGCAACUGUUCCAGAAAAAGGUUCACUUCAUUGUUUAAUUCCUCUUAUGAAUAUUGCAGUAAAACAUGGUUUUCAAAAUCUUGGUGUACGUAUUAUAAGAGAUUUACAUUUAGAUGUAUAUAAUGGUUUGAUACGUUUUGAAAAACGUACUGUUAGUGCCCAAAAUGAAGGAAAUGUUCAUUCUUUAUUUAGUUACAAUAAAAAUAUUAUAUAA